CUCGUGAAAGUAAUCUUUCUCGAAGCUUUUGGUGGUCCCGAACGAGGGAUUCGUGGACCGCGAUCGGGUCAUUCUCGGUGGUACUCUAUUGUGCCUCGUCACCGUUCGCCAUCGUGCCGAAGAAGAAGUUUCUCGUACACGAUUGUCGCGACGUUGAUUGGUAUACUCCCACUCUGCUCCUCGUCGUUCUCGAGAGGGGAGAGGGUGGUUUCUCCAACUCCACGAGGACGGCAGCAAGAUCUUCGUUUCCGUCAGGUUUUCGACGUUUUCCAGCGUGCGCAUAUUCACGUUGCGCCGAUUGAUUAAUCUAGCGACACUAGGAAGCGUCACAUCGUCACCGGUGUCCCCGAGAGAGCUAGGAGGUGGGAAGACAAGGCCCUUGUCGAGGAAGAGGAAGGCUGUCGCCCGAUAUCUAGUCCCGUCAGGCACCCGACCACCAGCCGGCGAUGCCUGCACCGACGUCAGCGGCGGGUGCGGCCGAGGGCGGCCCACCCCGCACCGAACUGCAGGAGUUACAGCUCAAGGCCGGUCAAGUCACGGAUGAGUCUCUGGAGAGCACGAGGCGUAUGCUGGCGCUAUGCGAGGAGACCGAGGAUAUCGGAGCAAACACUCUGACGAUGUUAGACCACCAAGGCGAACAGCUGGACCGAAUCGAGGAGGGCAUGGACCAGAUUAACGCCGACAUGAAAGAGGCCGAAAAGAAUCUCACUGGAAUGGAAAAGUGCUGCGGCCUUUGCGUUCUUCCCUGUAACAAAGGCGCCAGCUUUAAGGAGGACGAGGGCACGUGGAAGGGCAACGACGAUGGCAAGGUCGUCAACAAUCAGCCCCAACGGGUGAUGGACGAUCGCAACGGCAUCGGGCCCCAGAGUGGCUACAUCGCCAAGAUUACGAACGACGCGCGCGAAGUGGAGAUGGAGGAUAACAUGGGCCAGGUGAACACGAUGAUCGGCAAUCUGAGGAACAUGGCGAUCGACAUGGGCAGCGAGCUCGAGAAUCAGAAUCGGCAGAUCGACAGGAUCAAUCGCAAGGGCGAAUCGAACGAGACGAGGAUACAGGUGGCCAACGAGCGAGCCCAUCAGCUACUCAAGUAAGCGGCCGUACUCUCUGUCGACCAUCCCCGUCGGCCGCCACGAGCAUCACUACCAUCACCCUCCACUACUACCAUCACCGACAACAACAAUAACAACAAUACAAGAACAACAACACCGACAUCACCAACAAUCAGCACCAACAAUUUACACUCGACAGCCCACUCAAUUGUUUGCAAGCGGUUAUCUUAUUCGUGUUACUCGUUCGUUGUCUCUUCAUUCGCGUAUAAAAAAAAACAUCAAGCUUGACGAAAACAAACUUAAGAAAAAUAUACUUAACGUUGCCAAAAUACUUAACCCUAAACUUGACUUAGUAAAUAUUGUAAAAAAAAAAAAAUACGUAGUUCUGUUUUCUUAUUAAUCAGAAUUGUUUUUUUACUUUAAUUGUAAAAUAGGAAUCGUGUGGAUUGUAUAUACACUUGGAACGAUAUUUAAAAAUCGUCGUCGUAUAAAUGGACUUCUGAUCUUUUAGACGAUUUUUAUUUGUGUUAUUAUCUCUUGUGAUGUCUCUUCUAACUUUAUUAAUAACGCACGUUAACCGUAAUUGCAAUUCGCUUUACAAUCGAUGCAGCUCAGAAAAGAAUUAUGUAAAAAAAUAAACGCUGAAUUUGUUAUCAUA